UUACUCUGUGCGUUGAAUUAUAUUGCGUAAAAGGAACAAUAUUUACCUGUCAAUAACGAGCUUUUAGGAAAAGUUUCCGGACGACAAAGGUUAAUCCCACAGGAUCGAUUCCCGUGUAAAAAAUCGUUACCAUAGAAUGCAUUGUUUUAUUCUUUCUGAUUUGCAGAGUAAAACUGAUAAAGACUCCAGUCCGUUAAGACGGGCGCAUCUGCCAACGAAUGUGGUCAACAGGGAUGCACAGAUUAACUCCAUGAUUGAUAUGUUGCUGGUCAGAGUGACCGCCGCCUUCCAUAAAUUCUGUGAUGUCCUACAAGUGACUGGUCACCACCUAUUGGCUGACCACUUGCGAAAUGAGGCUUUAAGUGCCAGUGAAAGCAAGGACUUCCCGGGAGGUGAGACACCUGAACCCGACGUCUUCCGUAGAUUUCCUUCCUUGAAUAAGGCACUUUCAGAUGUAGAGAAGCAGGUUCUAGACGGCUAUAUCAAAGAGAGGGAACGUGAAGCAGCCCUGACCGCACUAUGGAAGGGUCAAAGCCGCGAGAAACAGAUUGCGUUAGAUGCGAAACAGAAGCAAAUGGAGGAAUCCUGGGAACACAUGGAGGUGAUGCAGAAGAAAGACGUGCUGAUCCACCGCCUUGAAGACGAGUGUCAGAAGGCGCAAGAAGCCCUCCAAGAAAAAACAGCGGAGUACAUGAAGCUGCUUAGGAACGCAGAAGAAGCAAAAGAGAAGCAUAAACUCCAACUAGACACACAAAUGAACUUUAACUCCGCCAACGACAGCACGCUGCGUCGUCUGCAGGAGCGGAUCACGGAGAUGGAGACCGCUCUCAACGACAUGGACGCUUACAUGGAGGAAAAACUCCGAAAGGUGGAGCCACCGACUGAAGAGGCUCCUCUUGACAUCCAGCACCUGGACAACAAACAGGUGAGGGAGAAGAGGGUCAAAUCGUUCUUAGACCACUUUGACCGCCUUUACCUGAUCAGUCGGAAGUACGAGGACGCUCUCCAGGAGAGACAAGACGUGCUGAAGCUUUUCGCCAUCGAGGCAGACUCAAAACCGUUCUAUGCACACAUGCGUAACUUCCAUGACAGCAAUUCCGACCGUCUGGCGCGGCUCUUCAAGGAGCUGGAGCACCGCGAGACGAGGAUCUCAGAGGUGCAAGACGAGGUGGCCAAGGUGCAGGGAGAAAAAGCGGACCUAGAGAAGACGAUCGAAGACCUGAACGCCCAACUUGCAGAAAGAGACAAGCAGAUCCGAGACCUGAAGAAAGAGAUACAGGUCCUCCGUUCACACUCUCUCACUGGGAAGUCGGCAAAGAAUACCUCUCCGCGAACCAUUGAGCCCGGGUACGUUCCAAGCGGGCACCGCCAGCGUGCGGACAGCUACGAGGACCCGCACCACCAGCCCUCCCUCACCCCAUGGGGAAAGACACCCACCAACAACGGCCUGAUAGACAUGCACGAUGACCACCCCCUCACCAAGCCACCAAAAUUCCUCACGCCGCUGCCUCACGGGGACAGUUCCCAGGGAAGUCCCCACGGGAUAUCCCCGAGGCACAACCGCGUCGAGACCCUGGCUAUGAAGUCUGCGACCACCAAGGGCGCCAUCAUGCGGCCGUCAGGGAAACCUCUCUCGCCUAACAGCGCCAACGUUGUAAACCUUAGUAUACCUCAGCACCAACUUCUAACAGGGGGAAUCACUAGGAAAAAGAGGUUCUAA